AUGACUGGGAUACUGGGAGUGCAAGGCUCGGAUCCCGAGCUGACCGUCGACUUCGUGAUUCCUUCUGAAGCGAGCCCUCCACUUCUUGACGGAUCGUACUUCACAUCUACAAUACUGGCAAAUGUGACUUUCUUGCCCUCAAACUUCGUUACAGUUACUCCUGCGAAUGACGAUGAGUUUCCUGCGCUGAAAGGCUUGGGCAUCUCAUGCGCACUAUUUUCUUUUACUCCAGGAGCUGUGAAUCCUCCGCACACUCAUCCUCGAGCAACGGAGCUUCUGUAUGUUAUUCGAGGCGUUCUGGAUGUGGGGUUCAUCGACAGCAGCAACAAGCUGAGGACUCAAACUAUAAAAACCGGUGACCUUUUUGUCUUCCCAAAAGGUUUGGUUCACUACGAGGUCAACAGACAUCAUAGGAUUUCAAAAGCUUUAGCUUCAUUCAACAGUGCCAAUCCUGGGCUUUUAAGAUUACCUACCAGCCUCUUCAAAUCUGGAAUUGCUGAUGAUGUGCUCCAGCGUUCUUUUGGAGUGUCAUCGGCCAUUAUUCAUGAGUUGAAGAACGCCACGGUCAACUGA